ACUUAUCUGUAAACAGCUAUACUACUUUCACUAUAUCUCGUGUAGACUGACAGGCUGAUAAACCUGCUUGGAAGAUUUCAUCACUGUAUUUAAGACAAACUGCUUCAAGGCAUUAUUUUCAGAAGCCGGGGACGGAAGCCACCAGAGCACCCCCUUUAAAAAAAAAAAACAAUGAGCAUUUCUCAAACACGAGUCACUCCCUUAGCCUGCAUAUAUAGCACAUUGGUAAGGACGCUGUCCAGGCUGCAUUUGAUAUAAUAGCUUCACAAAACACACAGCAAUACUAUUAAAGGAAACAGGUACAAAAAAUAGCAGGCUAGAUAAACCAAAACUAGCGACCACUUUGCAUCAAUGGCAGACAAGGGGCAAAUCAAACAGACAGCAGCCAUAGUGCUGGGUUGCUUGGAGAGUGUGUCUUCAUUUGCCGCCACCUUCAACCCUCUGUUUGGCAUCAUCACCACACUGGUUGGUGCAGCGAGGAAAGGCCUGGUGGAUGAUGACACAAGCAAGCUGGACAAGGACUUCCAGCAAAUUCAUGAGAAGUUGGAGGGCAUCUCUGAGCAGAACAAGCAGCUGCUGGACCAGAUCCACACUGCUGAGAUUACCAUAAACUAUGGUAAUUUGGAAAAGAACAUCGAGCACCAGUAUCGAAGCUUCAAGAACAUGGUGGAAAACAUCAGGGAAGUCCCUGAAAAAAGUGAGCAUUAUAGAGAGGAAUUCAAGAAAAUCUAUAGAAAACAAAAAGGCCACCAGAAUUUGAACAGGUACUAUGAUGCCAUCAUGGAAGACGGGGGACCUUUUGGGAAGCCGCUACUGAAAUUUUAUCUAGAGCAUUUCAAGAAGAACAAGAAGGAUUUGGAGACAACAUGCUCUCAUCUGGCCUACAUCUUCCACAUCGGCCUCAUAGCACUGAUGGCCUACUAUGUGGUUACUGAGGAUAAUGAGGAUGAGUUCAGGGAUGAAUGGGGCCAAAAGGUCUUUAACAUUCAGACCAAGAUGCAAGAAGUCCUGAAUGAGUGUAACUAGAAGAAGUGGUUCCAAAUUCACUGAAAUUUUGUUAAACCACAGCUGUCUUAGUUUCUUCUGCAUGUGAGAACACAUUUUUUUUUCUUCCUGAAUUGCUUUUGUAUGUUUAUUAGAUUAGCACUUACAGAUUUCAAUCUUUUUUCAUAUCCUUAUAUGGCUGUAUAUAUCAGAAACUUUUGCUGGAUAUACAGUAAAGUUGUAGACAUAUUUGUGUAUUAUGAUCAGUGUUAUUCAUUUUGGCAUUUUGGAAUCAUGGGCUAUAAUGUCUCAGAGCUUAAUUUGACUGACUAUUAGCUUGGAAAAGGGAGCAUUGUAUAGUCACAUACUUUUUUUUAUCAGACAUUGAAAUAUUAAAAAAAAUAGAUAUCAGUUUAAAUCAGAUUAAAUAAUUUUAUUAGUAUGGUUAUAAUGGGUCAAAAAGUCCCAGUAUAUCUUUUAAAGAACUUGCUCCAUGAGUUGAGCUCAGUCCAUGUCACUCAACUCUUUUCAUGAAUAACCACCACCACAGCACAAUAUGCAAAUUAGCAUGAUUUGCAGCAGCCGACUAGUGACAUCUACAGUCUUUACGAAGAAUUACAUGGAUACACUUGCACAGAUAUCUAUCUUCCCACAUAAAAGACCCAAAAAUACUGUCUUGCACAUUUGUCCUCAUGUUAUGUGUGUAUGUUAUAUGUUAAGAUCCUACACAAAUAUCUCAUAAUUCUCAGGCUAAUCCCCUCUUUACUCACUCAGUGAGGUUUCCUGGAAGUCUUCCUCUAGUCACAGUUGGUACUAUGAUGCCAUCAUGGAAGACCAAGGUCCUUUUGGGAGGCCGCUACUGAUAUUUUAUCUAGAGCACUAAAAGAAAAAGGCAAAAUGCUCUCAUCUGGCUUACAUCUUCCACAUCGCCCUCAUAGCACUGAUGGCCUACUAUGUGGUCACUGAGGAUGAUGAGGAUGAGUGCAGGGAUGAAUGGGGCCAAAAGGUUUUUAAAAUUCAGACCAAGAUGCAAGAAGACCUGGAAGAGUGUAACUAGAAGAAGUGAUUCCAAAUUCACUGAAUUUUUGUUAAACCACAGCUGUCUAAGUUUCUUCUGCAUGUGAGAACACAAUUGUUCUUUUCUUCCUGAAUUGAUUUUGUAUGUUUAUUAGAUUAGCACUUAAAGAUUUCAAUCUUUUUUCAUAUCCUCAUAUGUCUGUAUAUAUCAGAAACCUUUACCUGAUAUACAGUAAAGUUGUAAACAUAUUUGUGAA